AUACUACCAUUGACUGACCUAAAUGAAAUCUCUCAACAUAUACUUGAAGUUAUCUAUGCAAGAAUGUUGCACCUCAAAACGACUACCGCCUCAAAUUCUAUUUCUAGUUCCUUCAAGUCUGGUGGAAAGCCAAUGGAUAGCCAGCUAACAAACAUGGGCGGCAUGAACGUACUACAAAAUCAAAUAAUAAAUGUUGUUCGAGCCUACCCGGGGGAGCGUGGUAUAUCUGUCGCACAAAUAUGCGAUAAAUUGAGAGGCGUAUCUGAGAGACAAAUAAGGGAUGAUUUGGAUUUCUUGAGCGCUGAAGGACACGUUUAUUCUACCGUGGAUGAUGAUCACUUUAGAGCUACCGAAUUAUAA